AAUCCACCCUAAAAGAAAAAUUUCAUGAGCCAAGACGCUGAGGAGUUCCGCGCGUUAACAUCAACGCUUCUGGCUUUCUAUAACUACCACCGGUGGGAAACAGAGCAGAUAGUCAAACCCCGGCGAAUCAAAUACGAUUCGCUUUCAGCAGACGAGAAGCUCUUGGUUCCAUGGUACGAAAAGCACACCGAGCACUUGAUGAUGUGUAUCGAGAUGAACAUGCAAUUCUGUCAGAUGUUGGCGACAAAUAUUGCCACAGAUUGGGGCGUUUCAGCCGAUCCAAAUGACUGGGAGCCCGCAACUGCCAAUGAGUACGAUAAGGUGAGAUCAACUCUAUUGCAAUUAUCGAAGGAAUGGAGUGACGAUGGACAAAAUGAGCGACAGGUGAGCUACCGCAAGAUUGUGGAUGAGUUGGAAGCGAUGUUUCCUGACGAAGAGAAACGGCAGAAUAUCAAAAUUCUCAAUCCGGGGUGUGGAUUAGGACGGUUGGUGAUGGAUUUGAUCGUGAAGGGUUUCUGGUGCCAGGGCAAUGAGUUCAGCUACCAUAUGUUGUUGACAUCGAACUUUGUAUUGAACCAUUGCAAAUUUGCCCACAACUUCCUGAUCUUUCCAUAUUUGCACAAAUCGUCGCAUAUGGUCAAGAGGUUAAAUCAGAUUCGGCCAGUGAGCUUACCAGAUCUCAAUCCUACUUCUAUAAGCGAAUUGAGCCUGAAGAAUCCGAGUAUUCCGUAUGAUGAACUCAUGUCUAUGACAGCUGGUUCGUUCACCGACUUGUAUGGACCCGAAGACUUGGUUAUCUCAGAGACUUACACCCAGGAUACCAUUGCCAACGAGUUUCGAUCCACCAACAAGGACCAUUUCGACGUGCUCGUGUCGUGCUUCUUCAUCGAUACAGCCAGCAAUAUCAUUGACUAUUUGAAGUCUAUCCAUUACUGUUUGAAGACUGGCGGGGUGUGGAUCAACUUUGGCCCGUUGUUGUGGCAUUUCGAAGACGAUUUCUCGACCAAAAUCAUAUCCAGAGAUAAUACAAAAGUACAGACUAUCAUGAAGGGAUUGGAGUUGUCGAGAGAGGACUUAGUUGAAUUGGUGGAGAAGAUUGGAUUCAAGUUCGAGAAACGUGAGUCGGACAUUGAGACUACCUACUGUGGAGAUAUCAAGGCGUUGGGAUCGUUUGUGUAUAAAUGUGAAUACUGGGUGUGUCGUAAGUUGUAAAGGUAUAGAUUAAAAUGAAGUAAUUUAAAGGC